GAGUUCCGGGGUGAGCUGCUGAGUCAGAGGUGGACACACGGAGACAAGGCCAACAACUGCAGGACCUCGAGACUCCUCCUGAGCAGACACGGCAAGAUGAGCUUAGAAAAUGAGGAUAAGCGAGCUAGGACGCGAUCCAAGGCCCGAGCGCCCCCAGAGCCUGCAGGUGCCGAUCUCAGCUGCCCCACCCCAGGAUGCACGGGCUCGGGACACGUCCGGGGCAAGUACUCCAGGCACCGCAGUUUGCAGAGCUGCCCUCUGGCCAAGAAGAGGAAGCUGGAGGGCGGGGAGGCCGAGCACCUGGUGUCCAAGCGGAAGUCACACCCCCUGAAGCUGGCUCUGGACGAGGGCUACGGCGUGGACAGCGACGGCAGCGAGGAUGCUGAGGUGAAGGACGCCUCUGUGUCGGAUGAAUCAGAAGGAACUCCGGAGGAGGAUGAGGCUGAGAUGUCAGAACAGGAGGAGAUUCAUCGCCCUGAGCCAGCUGAAGGAAGGAGCCCCGUCAAGUCUCAUUUCGGAUCCAACCCCGUCAGCAGCUCCAUGGGCUCCUCCAAGGGCAGCUACAGCAGCUAUCAGGAAAUCAUUGCAACUUCUCUCCUAAACUUGGGCCAAAUAGCUGAAGAGACCCUGGUCGGGGAGGACUCUGGCCAGGUGGCCAAGGCAGGCCCCAGCAUUGUGCACCUGGUUCAGGAGGAGCCUGAGGAAGGAGCUACCAGCGACGAGGGGGAAAAGGACGUCUUCAUUCAGCCAGAGGAUGCGGAGGAAGUCAUUGAAGUCACCAGUGAGCGCCCCCAGGAGCUGUGUCCCCAGUCCCUGGAGGCCGUGGCCAGCGAGGAGUCUAGCCAGCGGCAAGUCAGCCUGGGUCAUGAGGAUGAAGAGGAGGAGGAGGAGGAUGAAGAUGAGGAGGAGGAAGAGGAGGAAGAGGACGAGGACGAUGAGGAUGACGAGGACGAUGAGGAGGAGGCUGCUCCCGAGCUGAUCUGCCCGGAGGAUGCCUCCCCUCAGAAGGCCCCCAAGCCUGAGUACUCUGUCACGGUGGAGGUGCACUCUGACGACGGCAAGGAUGAGGACUCGCGCUCCCAGAAGUCCACGGUCACGGACGAGUCGGAGAUGUAUGACGUGAUGACCCGCGGGAACCUGGGCCUCCUGGAACAAGCCAUCGCCCUGAAGGCUGAGCAAGUGAGAGCCGUCUGCGACCCAGGCUGCCCGCCUGUUGAGCAGGGCCAGUUGGGCCCUGGCGAGCAAGGGAAGGUGGCAAGGCCCUUGGAUGCUGCGAGGAAGAGCUAUUGCAGCAAAGAUCCCUCAAGAGCUGAGAAGCGUGAGAUCAAGUGCCCCACGCCGGGCUGCGACGGCACUGGCCACGUCACUGGGCUGUACCCUCACCACCGCAGCCUGUCUGGCUGCCCCCACAAGGACAGGAUUCCCCCGGAGAUCUUGGCCAUGCACGAGAACGUGCUGAAGUGCCCCACUCCUGGCUGUACGGGCCAGGGCCAUGUGAACAGCAACCGCAACACACACAGAAGUUUGUCUGGGUGCCCUAUUGCUGCUGCUGAGAAGUUAGCCAAAUCUCAUGAGAAGCAACAGCCGCAGACGGGAGAUCCUUCCAAGAAUAGCUCCCACUCGGACCGGAUCCUCAGGCCCAUGUGCUUUGUGAAGCAGCUCGAGGUCCCUCCGUACGGAAGUUACCGGCCUAGUGUGGCUCCUGCCACACCCAGGGCCAACCUGGCCAAGGAGCUGGAGAAGUUCUCCAAGGUCACCUUCGAUUACGCAAGUUUUGACGCUCAGGUUUUUGGCAAACGCAUGCUUGCCCCAAAGAUUCAGACCAGCGAAACCUCACCUAAAGCCUUUAAAUGCUUCGACUAUGCCCACGACGCGGAGGCCGCUCACAUGGCUGCCACCGCCAUCCUGAACCUCUCCACUCGCUGCUGGGAGAUGCCCGAGAACCUCAGCACGAAGCCACAGGACCUGCCCAGCAAGGCAGCGGACAUCGAGGUGGACGAGAACGGGACCCUGGACCUGAGCAUGCAUAAGCACCGCAAGCGGGGCAGUGCCCUCCCCAGCAGCAGCAGCAACAGCAGCCCAGGCGUGAAGUCUCCUGAUGCCUCCCAGCGCCAGGGCGGCACCAGUGCCCCCAGCAGCUCCAUGACCUCGCCCCAGUCCAGCCAGGCCUCCCGCCAGGAUGAGUGGGACCGGCCUCUGGACUACACUAAGCCCAGCCGCCAGCGAGAGGAGGAGCCCGAGGAGUCAGAGCCAGCAGCCCAUUCUUUUGCUUCUUCUGAAGCAGAUGACCAGGAAGUGUCGGAAGAGAAUUUUGAGGAGCGGAAGUACCCCGGGGAAGUUACCCUGAGCAACUUUAAGCUGAAGUUUCUCUCCAAGGACAUAAAGAAGGAGCUGCUCACCUGUCCCACCCCAGGCUGUGAUGGCAGCGGCCACAUCACCGGAAACUAUGCCUCCCACCGCAGCCUCUCUGGUUGCCCUCUUGCUGACAAGAGCCUCAGAAACCUCAUGGCUGCCCAUUCUGCUGACCUCAAGUGCCCCACGCCUGGCUGUGACGGCUCUGGCCACAUAACGGGGAACUACGCAUCGCACCGGAGCUUGUCCGGCUGCCCUCGUGCCAAGAAAGGUGGAGCCAAGGUGACCCCCACGAAGGAUGACAGGGAGGAUCCUGAGCUGAUGAAGUGCCCAGUUCCAGGCUGCGUGGGGCUUGGUCACAUCAGCGGAAAGUAUGCCUCUCACAGAAGUGCAUCUGGCUGCCCACUGGCCGCCCGGAGGCAGAAAGAGGGUUCCCUCAAUGGCUCGUCGUUUUCCUGGAAAUCACUGAAGAACGAGGGGCCCACCUGCCCCACUCCGGGCUGUGACGGCUCCGGCCACGCCAACGGGAGCUUCCUCACCCAUCGGAGCUUGUCUGGCUGUCCCAGAGCGACCUUUGCUGGAAAGAAGGGAAAGCUCUCAGGGGACGAGGCUCUCAGCACGAAGUUCAAAACGAGUGACGUGCUGGAGAAUGACGAGGAGAUCAAGCAGCUGAACCAGGAGAUUCGCGACCUGAAUGAGUCCAAUUCAGAGAUGGAGGCCGCCAUGGUACAGCUGCAGUCCCAGAUCUCUUCCAUGGAGAAGAGCCUGAGGAACAUCGAGGAGGAGAACAAGCUCAUUGAGGAGCAGAAUGAAGCCCUGUUUCUAGAGCUGUCGGGCCUGAGCCAGGCCCUCAUCCAAAGCCUCGCCAACAUCCGCCUUCCACACAUGGAGCCAAUAUGUGAACAGAAUUUCGACGCCUAUGUAAGCACCCUCACCGACAUGUACUCCAACCAGGAAUGCUACCAGAACCCCGCGAACAAGGACCUCCUGGAGAGCAUCAAGCAGGCCGUGAGGGGCAUCCAGGUCUAG